CCGGCGGUGGCCCUGCGUCCUGGGCGCCUGGUGCGCUUCCCCAGCCCUGCCGAGCUGGCCGACAGCAAGCAGCGGCGUUUCACCGAGGAGCUGCUGGGCAGCGCAGGGCUGCAGCUGGAGCAACGCGCCCGCAAGCUCUUUGCCACCCGCCUGAAGAAGUGCAAGGUCUUCUGGGCCCUGUCCCAGCAGCUCGAAGGUGUCAAGGACCCCCCUUCCAACCUGCUUUACCGGGACCAAGAAACCCCCAUCUUUGACUUCAAUGACUUUUGCACAGAGCUGAGAGACUUCCGCAACGGCCAAAGGCAGCGGUCCCCUGACUUCACCAUCUACCUCUGCUUCGGGCAGUCCUUCUCCAAGGCCAAGCCCAAGGAGUCCAAGCUCAUCCUGGUCAAGCUGGUGCCCAAGUUCUGCGAGUACUGGCACGAGCAGGUGCUGCGGGAGGGAGCCUCCUCCCUUGACAGCGGCACCAUCAGCCUGCAGCUCUCCGACUCCUUCAGCCUCUUCGAGCUCAUCGAGCAAUGCAACAUGCAGAUGGACUGA